GAGGUGGAGGUGGAGGAGACGGAGAUCAUCAACGUCAUACAGCAGAAGCCGCCGCCGGCGAUAGAGAGGAUCACCAGGACGGAGGUGAGGAGCGAGCUGAGGGAGGUGCCCCAGCCGACGAAGAUGGACACGCGCUACUUUGGCGAGCUGCUGGCCGACGUCUACAGGAAGAACUGCGACAUCCACUCCUGCAUCUCGGAGCACGUGUCGAAGAUCCGUGGGCAGAAACAUCAGCUGGAUCCCAGCAACGACUACAAGGUGGAGAAGGAGGAGGUGGAGGCCUUGAUUCCCAAAGGAGCCACUGAACUGACCAAGCAGCAGAUCCGUUACCUGCUGCAGACUCGUCUCACUGCAGAUAAGAGCAUGCGUCUGCUGCUCUCCACCUUCAGCAGUCUGAGGGAGGAGCUCCUCCACAUGUCCGAGGACUUGCGGCGUCUGGAGAUGGAGAAGGAAUCACUGGAGCGAGAUCUGAGCUUCAAAGCAGACCAGGCUAAGCAGUAUGAUCUCCUCCUGGAGGCCGUCCGAGAGAACAACAGGCAGCUGCAGCUGUCCCUGAAGGAAACCAGCGCCUCCCAGCGCUCCCUGGAGAGUCAGCUGUCGAGCAGCAGAAACACCGACUCGAGCCGCGAGUUCAAGGUCAAGGAGCUGGAGGGGAGGAUGAGGGCGAUGGAGCAAGAGAACGAGAUGCUCCGAACGAAGCUGGCGGGUCAGGGCAGCAGCACCACCCUGCACAUCAAGACGGAGGAGCUGUCCCGUCAGUACAAAGAACAGCUGAGCACCAUGAGACAAGAGAAGGACACAGAGAUAACGAGGCUCAGGACCCAGAUCACACGGAUCCAGACGGAGGUGACCAGCGAGAAGUCGUCGUCGGACAAGAGCCUCCACCUGAAGAUCUCGGAGCUGCUCGUCAUGUUGGAGCAGCGGCAGACCACCAUCACCCGGCAGGAGGAGGAGAUCAAGAAGCUGAUUAAGGAAAGAAACGACACCUCCAAGAACGUCACCAAGACCAUCAUCACCAAGAGAUACAGGAACCAGUACCCCAUCCUCGGUCUGCUCGGCGACGACUACAACAUGACUUCACCCAUCAAGGAGGACAAGACCAUCGUCAUCGAGAGAACUGGAGAGAUUAUCAAACAGGAAUGAUUGAACGACAAGAAGACGCCCCCUCCCUCCCUCCCUCUGCAUGCUUGCCCCCCCCUCGUCUCCUCUCCCUCAUCCUCAGGGCUCCCCGGGUUGGUGGUGGUUCAAAUCCCCGUCUCCCCUCCUUUUAAAUAUGGGAUCAUUGAUUCAGAUUCUUUGUCGUUUGGGCUUUUAAAAAAUAUAAUAUAUAUAAAAAGGGGAAAAAAUAAAGUAAAACAUAAAGAUCAAAUCUUUUCAGACUCUUCUGCAGCCAGUUGGUUGUGUGAUGGAUUAAAGAGGCUGUGAUGUGGGAGUCAUGACAACUGGGAACUGGACGAGAUUUCAUCUUUUUAAUAAAAACAAUUUAAAUAACAGUUAAUCUAAUUUGAGAAAUAAAAGUUUUAAGGUCAAGAACAUCUCAACAAAUGUCUCAAACUGGCUUUUGAUUGGCUCCUAAAAUAUAAGUAUGAUAAUUUCUUUCAUAUUUAAUCUCUCAGUGUAAAACACGUUGUGCUGUUUUACAGGUGAAUACAUCACAGCUCUGUGGUCGGGUCGGGAACUGAGACAUGUUUCUUAUAAUUGAAUCACUGAACAGUUGAUUCUGUGAUAUAUUGAAAGACAAUCAUCUGUGAAACGUUUCUAAAAAAAGCUGAUAUUUCUUGUUUUAAUUAUUUCCUACAUUAACAACUGAGAUUCAAAGUUAACACAAAGUGUCAGAGAGAAAAAGUCGCAGAUGAUUGUGUUGUGAUAUAUUGUUGUGUGAAUUAUUUGUCUCUUCCCUUCUCGGCAGUCGAGUUAAUAAUUCACAGUCCGGCUGCGUUUGGUUCCACAGCGAUGUUCGACUCCUCUCGUCCAAAAUACUCAAAGCAAAGAACGACGCAGCAGAUGAUCCUGUGAAAUCCUGCACAUUCAAUAGUUUAAGUCUUGUAGGUAAAUAUUUGUGAGGGAAACGUCUCCAGGAAGAUCUUGUAAAGGAAAAGUUGGAUAUGAAUUCAUAUUUAAAAGUUGCACUUUGACAACGAUAACAUGAUCCAACAUGAGCUUCUCUCUGAAGUGCAGCGAUAUUUCAGAUUUCACAGUUUGACAGAUGACAUCACGUAUUUUACAAUCACUGGUUUUAAAACGCUGCUCAAAUAGUUUUUCCUUCCGUCCUUCAUUAAAUAUAUCAAACGAUUAACAGACUGAAUUUUGGUAAUAAUACAAAACCUUCAGGUUUCUUAGUGUCUUAUUUUGACCAAUAUGAACGUAAUCUACAAAAUCUGUCAAAUUUCAAACACAAACAAAAGUGCAAGAACUUAGUCGCCUAAAAACAGGAAGUAAGGAGUAAACAACGAGUCAACAAACUAAAGAUCAAAGCAUCCGACCUCAACUCCAGCUACUUGAUAACUUUCGAUAUUACCCUGCUACUGACACAAUCUCACCACUAGGGGGCUCAGUGACGUGAGGACGAAAUACUUCUGUGGAACCAAAUGUUACCGAACGUGUCGCGUCUCAACUCCCAGUUGUCGCUACCGCACGUCGAGCCGAGUCUGGUACUGAUACAGGUACUGGUACUGGUACUGGUACUGGUACUGGUACCAUGUAGCAUGAAAUCCUCCCCAGAGCCACCACAGCCACGUUAGCCCCGGGGACGAGGAAGUGGACGUGUCACUAUGAUCUCGACUCUGCAUGUAAAUAUUUAUAUAGUAGAAGUAUAUAUUGAGAAGGGCUCGCUCAGUGAAUGUUCUCCUCAGAAGAGCAGCCCUCCUGCUGUGUGGUCUGAGGUACAGUUGAAAAAUUUUCCGAUCGGGUUGUUUCCUCUGCUUUUGUUUUGUGCUAAAUGGUUUAUAAUGUUGAUUUAUGUCAUUUUGUUGUUGUUUAAUUCUUUUACUCUGUGGUUUGUAUGUGUUGAUGGACUCAGAGGUGCAUGCGAGCAUGUACUUCUGGUAUGUUUGUACAUGACGGUGGGAUCUGGCUCGGGGGCUGCGUCAUGUCUCACAUCCAUGAGAGGACGCUCUGGACUCACAUGGGUGUCGUGCAUCGCAGUGGGCGGGUUGGGGGGGCGGGGUUACGAGUUGGGGUGGAUGGCUGGAACUGGAACUGGAGCAUGAUUUAAUGGGGGAUUAUGAUGGUGGAAGAAAAUGUUAUAGCACAAUAUUAUGUUCAGCUGUAUAGUGAGUCUCUCUCUUCCUGAGUCGUCCUGUCUCUGUUCACAUAAGGAAGCAUGUUGAAGGCUUUGUGUCCACCAGGGGGCGCUCCUCUCAGGUGCUGCAGCAGCUGAAGUUUACACUAAACCUUACACUGAGGCCUUAAUGUUGCUCCACGGAGCUUAAAAUAACUCUUUGACUUUUUUUAACACAUUCCUGACAGUUAAGUUUUCACCCACUUGUCUCCUGAACCGGUUUCAUCCUCAUUAUUUACACAAUGAAGUAGUUAAUAUGUUGUAAUAGAUUAAUACUAUAUGUACAUUAUAUUUUUUACCAGCAGUAGAUGUAAAUAUUUGUAACUGGUUCGGACGACAACAGUGAAAUCGUGGUGAAACCAAACACACACACACACACACACACACACACACACACACACACACACACACACACACACACACACACACACACACACACACACACACACACACCAUAGCCUGUAAAUAAAGAUGGACAACACGUCUCCCCUCCGUCCCACUGUUAAGAAAUUAAGCCAAAACAUCUGGGAUACAGGUGACGCCAUUUUUAUCUCUUAUGAAGUCAUAAGUCAGCCUCAGCUGUCAAUCAAUCAAUCAGGACGUUUCACACUGUUUUUACAUCAUCAAAUAACCAAUUCAAACCAAACCCAUCUUAAAAAAAAGUUAUUUAACAAUUACUUUAGACCAUUUGCUGACAUGGUUUAUGACCUAUACUGCAACCAGCCACUAGGGGGCGAUCCAGAUGUUUUGUUGUCCAUCUUUACUUCACAAACACAAACAUCUGUUCUCGCUCUGUAUCCUCUUUAUUAAAAAUCAUUGUUAUCGUCUCUCCUGCACCUCAACAUGCACCGACUGUGUGAACUGUGUCUUUAGUUUUGCCGUUUUAAAGCGUCAGAUUAGGGAAGAAAAAAAUAAAAUAAAAUUGUAAACAAACCCUGUUUCAAUAAAAUCUACUGGAAACUU